UCCCGUGAGGCCUCGGGAGCGCGCGGAUGACGCACCGCGACGCUUCCGGCCUCGCGGAGAGCUGUGCGCGUCCGACGCCCGGAAGGUAGAGUGGUUCUCUAUGACUGCUUUAUCCCUGUGGUUGUCUUACUAUGGCUGAAAAUGACCUAGACAAAACCCACGCUGAAAAACUCCAAAAGAGAAUACAAGAACUGGAGCAGGAGGUAGAAAGACUUAAAAGAGAACAAGCCAACAACAAGGAUUCAAAGGGUAGAGAAAGUUCAUCAGGAACCGGAAAAGCCAAGCGUGCAUUUGAUUUUAGUGCUCACGGUCAAAGGCACAUAGCCCUGAAGAUCGCCUACCUGGGCUGGGGAUACCAAGGCUUUGCCAGUCAGGAAAAUACAAACAAUACCAUUGAAGAGAAACUAUUUGAGGCCCUAACCAAGACUCGACUGGUAGAAAGCAGACAGACCUCCAACUAUCACCGGUGUGGGCGGACAGACAAAGGCGUCAGUGCCUUUGGACAGGUGAUUUCUCUUGACCUUCGUUCUCACUUUCCAUGGAGCAGGGAUUCAGAGAAUUUUAAUUUGAAAGACGAAGUCAAUGAUGCCGCUAAAGAGAUCCGUUAUACCCACAUUCUCAACCGGGUGCUCCCUCCUGAUAUCCGGGUACUGGCCUGGGCCCCUGUAGAACCGAGCUUCAGUGCUAGGUUCAGCUGUCUUGAGCGGACUUACCGCUAUUUUUUCCCUCGUGCUGAUUUAGACAUUGGAACCAUGAAUUAUGCUGCUCAGAAGUAUGUUGGUACACACGAUUUUAGGAACUUGUGUAAAAUGGAUGUAGCCAAUGGAGUGAUUAAUUUCCAGAGGACUAUUCUGUCUGCUCAAGUUCAGCUGCUAGGCCACAGCCUGGGUGAUGAGAAACAACAAGAACCUUUCCAGUUAUGUCAAUUUGAAGUGACUGGCCAGGCGUUCCUUUAUCAUCAAGUCCGCUGUAUGAUGGCUAUUCUCUUUCUGAUUGGCCAAGGGCUGGAGAAGCCAGAUGUUAUUGAUGAGCUGUUGAACAUAGAAAAAAAUCCCCAGAAACCUCAAUACAGCAUGGCUGUAGAGUUUCCUCUAGUUUUGUAUGACUGUAAGUUUGAAAAUAUCAAGUGGAUCUAUGACCAGGAGGUUCAGGAGUUCAAUGUUACCCACCUACAACAACUGUGGGCUAAUCAUGCCGUUAAAACUCACAUGUUGUAUAGUAUGCUACAAGGACUGGAGUCGUUUGCGGUAUCCUGUGGGACAGGACCAAAGAUGGAUGGAGAGGUAGAAUGGAGAAAUAUUAACCCCCCCAUCAUAAAGCAGACCAGCGCAUUUGUGGAAGGAGUGAAAACACGCACAUAUAAACCCCUAAUGGAGCGUCCUAAAUGCCAAGGAUUAGAAUCCCGGAUCCAGCAUUUUGUACGAAGGGGACGCAUAGAGCAUCCACAUGUAUUUUAUGAGGAAGAGACAAAAGCCAAAAGGGACUGCAAAGAGACUCUAAGGGAAGAAAAUACGAUUUUGGAGAAACCAACAAAAAGAGCCUGUGUUGAAACAGAAGUCAAAAGUAUCAAUUAAUCAGACAUGGGUUAAUCACUACUAUGUGUAAAGGCAUUUCUUCCUGCCGUUUAGGUAAUUUGGAUAUUCUGUUUCUAAAUAAAGCAUUUAAAUGAUCAU